AGACGCACUGCGCGUAUGCGCCCGCGUCACCGCUGCUGUCAAGGGAGCGGGAGCGGGAACUGGCACGGGAGCGCACGCUCGCCAUGCAGGCCAGCAACCUGCACGCGCACGCGGACUCCCGCGCCCGCACCGGCCUCUCCCCCGCGCGCGCCCACUGCGGCAGGCCGGCGCUUCCGGAGCGCGCCAGCGAGCAGAUCCGCGGCGCGCGCCUCAUCUUCGACCGCGACUCGGUGCCGUCCCGCGACCGAGCCAAGCUGCCCAUCCCGCCCAGCGCGCACCAGGAGUUCUUCUCGCUCCACGACAUUUGCCCGAAGCUCCGCGAGCCCUCCUGCCUCUUCGAGAGCUGGAAAGCAGGUCUCAGGCCACAAGUUCAGCCCAGAUCUAGAAGGUUCUGGAAGGAAGAGCGAAGUCUCCUGGAGGCCUGAUUUGCACGCAAGGGACCCAAGCUGCCCACCAGAGGAGGAGCCCAGGAUGGAGAGAGGGGCAGAGCCAUGGAGCUGGGUACUGGAGACCUCUAGUGCUGGGUCCCACGACUUCUAUCCAGAGCCUGCCCCGGAAGCAGCCAGCACUUCCACACCCGGGAUGCGGCGUUCGGUCCUAGUCAGGAACCCAGGCCACAAAGGCCCGAGGCCCAAUUAUGAAGAGCUUGACUCCGACUCAGAAGACCUAGACCCCAAGAGUGAAGAGCUGGACCCAGUUUCUGAAAACCCAGAGCCUGAGCCGGAAGACCUCAACACUGUCUCUGAAGAUGUGGACCCCAGCUAUGAAGAGCUGGAGCCUGUCUCCGAGGAUCUGGAUCCCGAUGUGGAAGCUCCGAGCUCCAUCUCGGGGAUCCAUGACUCGGAUCCCCAAGAUCUCGACCCCAUGUCUUCAAGUUUUGACGACCCAGACGUCAUCGGCCCCGUCCCCCUGGUUCUCGACCCUAACAGCGACACCCUCAGUCCCGCUGCCACCCCAGACCUGGACCCCCUCUCGUCCGACCUCACUGCCACCCCCGAGGUCCUGGCCGCCGGCCCCGCGGUGCUCCCUGCACCUGCCAGCCCGCCCCGGCCCUUCUCCUGCCCGGAUUGCGGGCGAGCCUUCCGCCGCAGCUCGGGUCUGAGCCAGCACCGCCGCACCCACAGCGGCGAGAAGCCUUACCGCUGCCCCGACUGCGGCAAGUCGUUCAGCCACGGCGCCACGCUGGCCCAGCACCGCGGCAUCCACACGGGCGCGCGGCCCUACCAGUGCGCGGCGUGCGGCAAGGCCUUUGGCUGGCGCUCCACGCUGCUCAAGCACCGCAGCAGCCACAGCGGCGAGAAGCCGCACCACUGCCCUGUGUGCGGCAAAGCCUUCGGGCACGGUUCGCUGCUGGCGCAGCACCUGCGCACGCACGGCGGCCCGCGGCCGCACAAGUGCCCGGUGUGCGCCAAGGGCUUUGGGCAGGGCUCGGCGCUGCUGAAGCACCUGCGCACGCACACAGGUGAGCGGCCGUACCCGUGCCCGCAGUGCGGCAAGGCCUUUGGCCAGAGCUCCGCGCUGCUGCAGCACCAGCGCACACACACGGCCGAGCGCCCCUACCGCUGUCCCCACUGCGGCAAGGCCUUCGGCCAGAGUUCCAACCUGCAGCAUCACCUGCGCAUCCACACCGGCGAGCGGCCCUAUGCCUGCCCCCACUGCUCCAAGGCCUUUGGGCAGAGUUCGGCGCUGCUGCAGCACCUGCACGUGCAUUCGGGCGAGCGCCCCUACCGCUGCCAGCUCUGCGGCAAGGCCUUCGGCCAAGCCUCCAGCCUCACCAAGCACAAGCGAGUGCAUGAGGGCGCGGCCGCUGCAGCUGCUGCGGCCGCCGCCGGUUUGGGCCUCAGCCCCGCUUCGAUGUUGAGGCCGGGGCAGGUCUCCCUUCUGGGUCCUGAUGCUGUCUCUGUGCUGGGUUCAGGCCUGGGCCUCAGCCCCGGCCCCAGCUCUGGCCUUGACCCUGACCCUGGCUCUGCGCUGGGCUCCCCCCCCAAUCCCAGCCCCAAACCCAUCCCUGGCUCUGGAUCUACCCCCACCCCUGAUUCUGUCAAAUCUUCUGACCCUGAGCCUGGGCACAAUGCCAAUUCCGACCUUGUGGCCAGCCCCGAUCACAGAUCUGGUCCCAGCCCCGACCCGGAUCCCGUGCCCAGCCCUGACCCCAGCUCUGAGUCCCACCCUGACCCCGGCUCUCCCACCCAUGACACUGUCGGCGCAGUCCUCCCUACCGGUGAGAGCCCCGAGUGGGUGCAGGAGCAAGGGGCACUGCUGGGGCCUGAUGGCUGAAGGGCAUGCUGGCACCCACAGGGGCCUGGGAAAGUUGUGUGUUGUGCAGUUAGUAAAAUCCUCCCACUGC